UAGCAGCAUGAUUCGAGGGUCAAGUGUGUGGUUGGGUCUGAAAGGAAUCUCUCUUAAGUUGUUCUAUAAAAUCAAAUAUUUGAAGAUCACUUCAAAAAAGAAAGAUAAGAUAUGUUCUAGCUAUUUAUAUAGUAUAUAUAGUUUUUUAUAGUUACUUGAUAGGUAUAGAGGUAGUUAAUUUCGUAGCUAAAUGAUGGAGGACAGGGAUUAUUGUUGUUCCACCAUGAAUUCAACCGCCACAAGAACCAGAAUCAGCAGCACCAAAGAGAAAGGGAUCACAAAGCAAAACCAAUUAGAGAAACCAAUGAAACCAUACAGAGGGAUAAGGAUGAGGAAGUGGGGGAAGUGGGUGGCGGAGAUCAGAGAGCCCAACAAGAGGUCGAGGAUCUGGCUGGGAUCCUACACCACCCCUGUCGCCGCCGCACGCGCCUACGACACCGCCGUGUUCUGCCUCAGAGGCCCCUCAGCACGCCUCAACUUCCCGGAAUUGCUUUUCCAAGACCAAGAUAAGGAUGGUGGUGAUGGUGAUGGCGGUGGCGGUUCCAUCCAACAAGGGAACAUGUCUGCUGAUUCAAUACGCAAAAAAGCAACACAAGUUGGUGCUAGAGUGGAUGCUCUCCAAACGGCUCUUCAUGGUUCUUCACUACACUCCUCUUCCAACACUUCCUCCUUGAAGCCUGAUUUGAAUGAGUUUCCAAAACCUGAAGAAGAUUGCCUUGAAGCACUUCAGGAUUGAUGUUGAUUAAUAUUAAUAUCAAUCUUAAAUUAUUUUCUUUUUACUUUCAUAAUCUCUCUUAUGACAACUACAUUUAGGUAAAUCAUAUAUGUGCAUGCAUGAUGACAGAGAGUUUGGGUUGUAAGUAAACCACACCUGUGUCUAUCUUUCUGUGUUCAAUUUUCAGAUAUCUUUUAAUUUGUGAUCAUGUUAUUGAUGUAUACAUGUAGGGUUUAUGCUGGGCUAGGUAAUACCAAUAGCUAGCAUAGUCGCUAGUGGGUUCUCCUGGUGCAAAACUAUUAAUUGUUCCAACCAGAAAACACACAUUUUAUCGCAUUAAUGAAAAAGUAAGAUUUUAUUGUA